AUGGGUCGUGCGCGCCGGUCAACUUGGUGGGAGAAUGAUAUCAAUGGCCGGGCGGUUUCAAUCUCAAUUCUGCUUCGGCCCCGGUCUGGUUUCACAAAGAGACUGUUCGAUCGCAUUGAACCAAAUAGAGACUGCGGGGCUUGGAUUGACGGCCCUUUUGGCCCAUCGUCUGUUAAUUGGAAUUUAAACAGCAAAGUCGGCGACUAUGGACAUGCCUUUUUUAUUGCUACCGGUAUCGGCAUCGCAGCUCAGUUGCCAUAUAUCAAGGAGCUCCUCGAUGGCCAUGAAAAGGCUCAAAUAUGCACACGGAGAAUAUCACUCGUCUGGCAGUUGGAUAGGAUUGGUGACUAUGAGAGUGCACGAGACUUACUACAGUUCCUCGUCAGGCAAGAUAAUGGAUACAUGCUUCAUGUCUCAAUUUAUGAUCCACUACGUGCUCAGUCGGAAGAUGAUAUCCAGCACAUUGGUGAGAAUGGGCUCAUCGAUGUGCAUAGCGGACGCGCCAUCUGGGAAAAGCAGCUCGAUAUAGAGAUAGAAAGCCAAAUGGGGAAAAUGCUAGUACUUGUGUGUGCGCAGGCCCAAACUCGGCAUGAUAUCAGGAACUUGGUUAGGUCACACGUAAAUAAGAACGUCGAGUUAUUCGAACCUGAGUUUCAGCCUUGGGGUCAAACUGGAAGCUUACGCGCCUUCCUCAAGCCGUGA